CAAAGUCCAAAUAUACAUAAACAAAUACUACCCUGCAAUAAUGCAAUUAACAAUCAAUGGGCCGUAUACAUCAAUUUAUUCGAUGACAAAUUGUUACCUUGUUCUCUGUUAAUUUCGCAAAUGGAAAAGAAGGCAUAAGUCUCCGCUCCGUCCCCCCAGUUUUCGACCUCUCAUCAUCGCAUUGGCGGCGGACGAAGUACACAAAGCGCGACAUGCAGUUUUCCUAGAUAUUACUGCGGAAAACCCUAAUCGCUGCUCACAUCCGUACUCGCCGCCAGCCGUCUUACAGUUUACCCUCCGAAGCCAAUGAAUGAGGUACUCAAUGGAGUCCGAGCCUUGGGAAGCUUUAGAUCUAGACGAUUCUGAUCUUCCUUCUCUCCUUCGCCCUUGCAAACUGCCACGUACCGUCUUCCCCUCAUCCAUUCCUGUCGCUGCUGAGAUCCCUUCUUUGCAUCCAACACCCGAGCAGCAGCCGCCAACUUCUUCUCUGAGACAACGCUCUAUUCCUGGACCUGCUGGAGCAGUCCAUGCUGCGAUGCUCCAGAAAUAUCACGACCGCGAGAAACACAAUUCCUCUGACCAUGAUAAGGGUAACGACGACCUAAUCUCUACCCAAGACUACAUACGGACGGCCUUGGACAAUACUCCGGAAUUCGAUAAUGAUUUCUCCCGCCAUCCUUGGCUUUCUGCCCUCCAGUUUCUCGGUGCUGAAGAUGGUUUGAUUCCGAGCACACCUAUCAGCUCUAUCAAGAAAUGUCUCAAUGGCGACAAGGUUGUUCAGGUUGUAGCUAUUGUCAAGUCAUGCACUCCUAAUGGUCUUGGGGGUUUGUUAGUGUCAUUGAAGGACCCAACUGGUACAAUUGAUGCUACUAUUCACCACAAAGUCCUCUCCGAAAACGAGUUUGGUAAGGAGUUAACUACUGGCGCAGCUCUAAUACUUCAUAAGGUAGCCAUCUUUGCCCCAGUGAGGACAGCACGUUAUCUCAAUGUAACGACAAGGAAUUUGGUGAAGGUUUUCUGCCAAAACAAGGAAUCUUCUUCAGAACAUUAUAAGUCUGUUCAGCCACUCCAGUAUGCUGAUCCCGAUACCGAAUCUAGUCGAAAAGCCCGAGCAGUGGAGAACAUGUCCUCCAUGCAAAAUGAGGUGCAGGAAGACACUGAGAUGAGACAGUCCAAGAGAGCUGAGAAUUCCCAAAAUGAGAAUGUAAUUCGGAAGCAGAAUCUUUUUGAUGUAAGCAGUCAAUCGAAUAACAGGGACAGCUCAAACGUAUCUGCAACCCAGAGAAGAGGGUAUAUUAAUCUAAGCCAGCAUCCGUGCAAUGAAGGACCUGAAGACAUGAGCAGGACUAGAAUUGCUGGUGACGACCAAGAGAUAGUGAAUGGCACCAAAAGGGGCGCAAAGGGAGGCAACGACACUGAUAAAAUGAUCAACCCUCUUGCAGAAACUACAGGUGAAAAUGGUCGAGCGACCAAUGAAGUUCAAAUGCAAACGCAGCCUCUAAUGUCGACAGCCACUCCUCCACAGUGGACAGACGAACAGUUGAAUGAACUUUUUGCGGACGAUGAGGAUGAUGCUUCUUUGUUCUGAUAAGGUUUGCAAAAGUUCUAUUUUGAGUACUAGAAAAAGAAUGUACAUGCCCUUCUUCACCCCCAACCAAACACACGUUACCAUAGUUCUACAUUACCAAUCUUUGCA